GCCAUCUUCCUUGACGACACGUAACGCACUGCGCUUUAUGAUGGUGUCGUCGCCACUUCGUCCCGCCGUCGCUGCCGUUGUCACUCUCAUGUACAUGGGAGUCGCUUCUAGCCAUCGCAUGGAGCUCCAUCGAACCAACCACGGCCAGGUCAAACGGGACCUUGCCACGAACAAGCGCCUUCGCCGACUAACCGACGGCAACUUUGAACCCGUGCCGCUCAACCUUGGACUCGGGACCCACUACACAUGGGUGUAUGCUGGCUCACCUCCGCAGCGCGCGUCCGUGAUCGUGGACACGGGAAGCCACCUCAUGGCAUUUCCGUGCAAUGGAUGCGACGGAUGCGGCACACACACGGACGCGCCGUUCGACACGACCAAGUCGUCGUCGCUCACGUAUCCGUCGUGCGCGAGUCAUCUGGGCUCGUUCACAUGCGGCGUGUGCGGCCUCGACGACCAGUGUCACAUCUCCCAAUCGUACACGGAAGGAAGCAGCUGGAAUGCCGUGGUCGUGGAGGACAACGUCUGGCUCGGAGAUGCCGUGGACCACCCCAGUCGCCGCUUCAACGAAUCCUUCGGCACGCGAUACAUGUUUGGCUGCCAGAAACGCGAAACAGGACUGUUUAUCUCCCAAGUCGCGGAUGGCAUCAUGGGGGUCGCCAAUACAGAAAACAACUUGAUUCGCAAACUCCACGCCGAGCACAAGGUAGACACGAGUGCAUUUGCUUUGUGCUUUGCACCUCAAGGCGGGACCAUGGCCAUCGGCACCCUCUCCACGGCGCACCAUUCGACCGACGUUCAGUACGCGGCCGUCACGUCUUCCCACAACGGAUGGUAUGGGGUCACGGUGAUCGCGUUGACAUUUGGGGGUACCAACCUCCCCAUCGAUGCAUCGUUCAUGGGGGCGGGUCGGAAUGUGAUUGUCGACAGCGGCACCACCGACUCGUACCUGCCGUCCGCGUACGCCGACGCGUGGAACGACCUGUUCUUCAAGACCACCGGGCACAAGUACGCGGCGGAAGGCGGCGGAUGCGACGACACGACGUACCCGGACGACGUUGUCCAGGCCAUGCCUGCCUUUGACAUAACGAUGCUAGGUGCGACCACUGGACAAAUGGUGGUGCUGUCGAUCCCUGCGACCCAGCUCUUGCCCGCAGAUGACAACGGUCGGCGCUGUGGGUCGUUGUACUUUACAGAAAAGAGCGGCGGUGGAGUACUUGGGGCCAACUUUAUGAUGCACCACGAGUUUGUGUUUGACCCGGAUGCCAAGCGCGUGGGGUUUUCCAAGGCGCAGUGCGAGUACCGAGGUCUGGAGGCGGAAUUGGAGGGCCUGCCCCAGCCGCCUUCCUCGGUACCCCCGACGCCGCCCCCCACCACUACCACCACUACUACUACUAGUAGUAGUAGUACUACUACGACGACGACUAAGUCGGUUGGGACAAUUCCCACAAUCCCUACGACACCUCGAACGCCCAGUCCCACUUCAGCCUCGUCGCACAAGGAAACUUCCCAUCCAACGUCCACCACAGGAAAAGUCCUAGUCAACGACACAGUGGGCGCGACAUCGUCGUCGAACUUCCGUGGGAAAACCGACAUGAGUGGGGAAUUUUCCCUAUUGAGCGCGGCCGUGGCCAUGUGUUUGGCGUUGGUGGUUAUCGGCAGCGCAUACCAUUUUUGGUACAAACGGCGCAACAAAUCAUCAUUGCCUUCGACGGGGAAAAGUCCCCACUGGGCCCCUGUGUCUCAGAUUCAGUCCGACCCCGACGAACGCGUGCCCCUGGGCGAGGAGCCGCUCAGCCGCCGCGGCGACGAGGAGGACGAGAGCGACGGCGACGAGUUCUUCGACUCGGAGGGGUACGUCAUGUCCCCGCGCUCCAUCAAGCGGUGCCGCGACGCAUUUGAUUUGGACGCUUAAGAGCAUGAUAUUUCCAGGAUAUUGUGAUUUGUUCUCCGGGUGGUUGAAUGAUCCGCCGACCAAUCACCGGACCUUGGAAAUUAAUUGCAUAUAAACCUAAGGGGCUGGUCUGUGAAAAGCCAUCCAAGCUUUAGAGUAGGGAUGUUAUCCGAACUAUUGUCGAG